GAGAGAGGAAGAAUUCAUCACGAAUUGCAAAGGUGAACAUUUGUUGCCACUUUUCUUUGCCGAACCCUGAAUAAAUCGCUCCAUCGACCGUCACUCAGGUCAGGUCACGCACGCUCUCUCCAAGUCUCCAUUCCUGUCCUGUGUUGCCCGUCUCGUCUCCCUUGCACGAUCUGACACGAAAUUCUCGUCUCUGCCAAACACAACCAUACAUACGUUUCCAUGGCGAUCAGCAGCAGAGCAGCAGCCUGUGCCGCGCUCGCCUUCCCGAGCACCGCCGCCGCCGCCGCGCCACCCUCGAGCGUCUCCGUGAACCGGAGAGCUCGGCCGAGGAAGGCGUUGGCAGCCGUGGCGCGCGCGACCAGCGCUGGCGGCGCGGUGCUGGACCCGCCGGCCUUCGACCAGUCCCAGCUCGACACCCUCCCCCCAGCACAAGAAGGAGGAGACACGGGGAGGCUCAAGGACCGCAAGGGCACCGGCAGCGGCGACAGCUACAAGGUGCUGCUCCUGGACGACCCGCGCCACACCGAGAAGCACGUGGAGACGGCGCUGCCGCAGGUGGUGCCGUCCGUGACCCCCGAGGCGGCGCGGCAGCUCUUCCACGAGUCCCGCCAGAAAGGCGCCGCGCUCGUCAUCGUCGCCGUCAAGGAGCAUGCCGAGUUCUACGCGCAGAUGAUGGUCCGCCACGGGCUCCGAUCCGCCAUCGAGCCCGAAUCCGACAUGGCAGCUUAACCUACCGGUGUUUUCCAGGGACGGUGCACCCGGCCAUUUUCGGCGCUGGGUUUUGGAGGGCCGACGCAUUUCAUCCAGCAGUACCGGAGGGAAUUCCUUUUUUCUCAUGCGACCAGCUAGCAGCAGCAGCAGCAGUGUCAGCGUGCAUUGCGCAACCUCUCAGAAUGUAAUCAUGUUUUUUUAUUUGCAAAUGAGAAUGUAAUCAUCAUGUACUAACAGUAAGUGAAACCAACGAGAUUCGGAUGAGUGGUUCUGCGAACAAA